ACUAAAAAAUAAAGAAAAAAUUAUUAUAAACUGAAAAACUAAUAUAAACUUAAACAAACAUAUAUUAUAAACAUCAUUUGUUGUUACAUAAUAUAUACUAAUUAUUAUUUAUGACAUUAUUGAAACUAUUUAUAUGUUAAUUAAAAAUAUAAAUUUUUAUUAUUUUAUCACACUACAUUUGAUUUUUAAUUGAGUUGGCUUGAAGGUGGAUGUAUUAAUUUAUUAUCGUGAAAAUUAGUUGUUGUAGUAGUAUUAAAAUCUGAUACUCUUAGAAAUAUAAAAUUAUUAGUUAUUCUUACUUUAGAGUUUUUUCAACUAUAUAAAAUUGAACUAGAAAUCAAAUAGAAAAAAAUAUAAAACAUUACAUUUUCGUAAACUUAGUGUAAACUUACCCGCCCGCAGGGCGGGCCUACCCCUAGUAAAAAAUAAAACAAUAUUUUUAAUGAUUUUCACUAAAUAUAUUUUAAAUAGAAUGGGCCUAAUGGGUUAACAAUGGUUCAAUUUGGGCCUAUCGAAUGGGCUUUAAAUUUAUGUAAAUCAUUAAAGGUAUUUAAAAAAAAACAAUAGUAUGUUUUGUAAUUUUUUAAAAAAGUCAGGGGCAUAAUCAUAAGAAGGAUUUUGCUUUAAUAGUAUAGAUAGGGUGUUAUGUAACUCUAUUAAAUUUGUAUGCAAUCUGAUAUGACAGUGUAAAGAAAACAUGCAAUAAUCGUACAUUAUUAUAAGGGCCUAAAUGUAAGAUUUUUAUGUUUGUGUUUGUGCAUGUUUCACCAAACAUCCCAUAACCCAUUAUUCAAAGCUGAAAAUAACUUUACUGAUGCAUGCAUGGUCAUAUGAAACACCACGAUCUGUGUCCCAUUUUGAAAGUGAAAACUCGGUUAUCAUCACAAUAGUAAAAGGCGCCAAUCACGAAUAUAAAAGAUAUCAAAAGAAAUAAAUGCGAAAGAAUAAAUAAACAAGAAGGAAACAAUAGUUACAAAAGAACACUAAUAGAAUAAAUGUGCCAAAAGGAUAUCACCUCCUCUACUCACACAACUGGGUGCGACGUGCGUUUCCACUUUCAUGGUCGGUUGAAUAAGUGAACGUCACAUUCCCUCCCAUCUUCAUGUUUCUUCUUUAAGUUUAUAACUAUGCACACAGUCAGUAAAAGCAUCUUCGAAUAUGCGUAUUAAGGGAGAAAAGAUUAGUAAGAAAAAUAUAAAACCGGACGACUUUGGUUUUUGGAUUUGGAAUGUCGAGAAUUUGUUGUCCAUGAAUAAAGCCACUUUUGGAAAAAGUUUGAGUUGUCAAAAUGAUAUGAUUUGAGCAAAAGUGAAUAUGUAAUAAAUAAAUAGAUAGUUGACUAAUCAUUGCAUAAGUAAAAGCAUUUUGGAUUUGAUUCCAUUAAGCUAUGUUUUUCUAACAGCUGUUUGUCUCUCUGCCUUCAUUUCCACCCAAGAAGCCAAAAAACUGAUAUAUUGUCUCCAUUAAGUUUUGAGAGAGAGAGACUGAGAAGAUGGGACUGAGUCGACUGACCUAACAUCUGCAUAUGCAAGAACCCAUCCACGGUCAAGGAGGCUUUUAAGCUCGCUAGGCCAUCUCUUAUCAAGCAUUUCACCAUAAGCACCAUGAACAUGAAGCAGACCAGGUUUCCGGUUCACCUCUCUCUGAGCUCUCGAGUAACCAACAGUUAUGGAACCAUGGCUCCAUCAUGAGAAGAGACUUCAUGGUGAUCACAUGCAUAAAACUCGGUUAAGUCAUUCCACAAGUUGUCAUUCAAGGAACUAGUAAUAUCCUCCUCACUAUCAAAACUAACAGUUCUUGUGCCUUAAGGUAUAUUAGGGUUCUCGGUGGAGUUUGCAGUACCGUAUAAAACACGUGUUCUCUCGUGAAGCAUGUUUUGCUGCUGCACGAUGUUUCUGUAACGACCUGGUUCUCUGGUUCUCUAAACCAACUGGUUUGAAUUUAAUUAAUAAUCCUUUGAACCAAACCCUUGGUUUGUUGUGAUUAGUGGUAUAUGUAUGAUUAUAUGCAUUCCCUUCCUUCCCCGAAUGACCUAGCCGUCACAUCUCGUUAGUGUUGCGGUCUUUCACCACCUCCAACCAGCUGAAGCAUCAGUGCAUCACCAUCGUAUGUUGACGUGCGCCACCAAACCAGAAGGAGAGAAAACAAGAGCAGAUCCAGAGCCGCUGCAUCUCGAUAGGACCGGUGUUGAUCCACACGUUCUUCCACCGGAGCCGCUGCUGUCAUCACCACCAUCCAUCAACACAUACCGCCGUGUCGUUUGGAGGGCCCUAGUUUCAGCCUCGUGACGUACGAGAUUGGUGAUGUAGAGAGCGUGAUCAGGAAGGUUUAGUGUGUUAUUAUUAAUUUCUUGUGCGCAAGUUUCUUAAUCAAACCCUAAAUUAAUUGUAUUAAUAAUGCCUAGUUGUUUUGUGUUUAUUCAUUUUCGGUCUGGUGUGUGUCAUUGGCAAGAGCGAGAUCCAUGGCGAAACCGUAGCUUUCUUGCUGAUAAAGUCAUUUCGUUUAUAGUCAGACUCGCUUAUGUUUCUUCUUUAUUGGCUAAGGUGAAAGCUAGUUCGUUAAAUCUCGAGCUAGUUUAGUACUACUAUUAUGAAAAGCCUAGUUUCGAAGCAUGAUCUGUCUCUGUGAAUCGAGUUUGUUUGAGAGUCUUGUUUGUCUACUAUUAUUUUUGAUUGUUAAACUGGAAAUAGGAUAAUAGAAAAUUCAACGAUUGUGUGAAAUGAUUGAUGUUAAAAACUGUUAUAUAUGUAUAUAUAGUUAUAUAGUAGAGACUAUAUGAGGAGUGUCGGAGCUCAGAGAGAUCUGGGCUACCGACGCAUAUGAGUACGGGGUCAGAGAAAUCUGAGUUAGCGACGUAUAGAGUACGGGGGCCAUAGAAAUCUGAGCUAGCGACGUAUAGAGUGCGGGGGCACAGAGACAUCUGAGCUAGCGACGCAUAUGUGAUGAGUACGGGGGCCCAGAGACGUCUGAGCUAGCAACGUAUAUAUUUUACGGUGCGGAGUGCAGAGACGUUUGCAUAUCGACCAUAUUGGUGGAGUGUGGGGGUCCAGAGAUGUCUGGACUAGCGACGCAUAUUAUAUUAUCGUAUAUCCGUAUGAGGAGAACGCAGGGUGUGUGAACUAGCUAUGUACCAUCAGCGUAUUGUUUGUUCUGUGUGAUGCGCUAGGCAUCUUGUUUGUUCAUGCUAGAGCUAUGCCUACAUAGUCGUAGUGCUAUGUACUGAGUCAGUGGUUUGCGGUUUAGCAUCCCAUACCUCAUUGGGUGACUCCCAUGUUGCUCAUCCCUCUUUCUUCCCAUUGCAGAUGAACUUGCCGAGUAGUUGGAUACCUGGACGGUUUGGUGUAUUGGGGAUCAUCGUAUUUUUAUUUCGGUUUUCAUUCCAUUUAUUCGACGUAUUUUUAUAAAUCAAUUUAAAGAUGUACUAGAUACUGACCCGCUCUUUCAAAGGGCGGUAUUCAAUCUAUUAAAAUGUCAUUUUUCAAUUUUAAUAUUAUUUCUUAUUAGAUAAGGAUGUGUUUCAAUAUUUUAUUAUCUAAUAUGGUUUUAUUUUUAUAAAUUGUAAUUCUAAUUAGUGCGAGUAUGUGUUUGAAUAGUUUAUUAUGUAAUAUGGUUUUUAUUUUUAUAAAUUGUAAUGUAAUUUAUUUGUUAUUAGUAAAUUUGUGUUUACACAUAUAGGACUGCAAAUCCGUUGUUUGUUUAAUUCUUAAAUAUAUCACAUAUAUUAAUUUGUUUAUUUCUUAAAUGUAUAAUCUCAAUAAAAAUAAAACAGACUUUUUAUGAUUUUAAGUAUAGAUAUUUUACACAAAUUGACAUAAUGGGUUAAUAUAUUUGUUUAUCUCUUAAAUGUAUAAUCCAUGUAUAAAAAAUAAAACAAUCUUUUUAAUGAUUUUCACUAAAUAUAUUUUAAAUAAAAUGGUCUAAUGGGUUAACAAUGGUUCAAUUUGGACCUAUCUAAUGGGCUUUAAAUUUCUGUAGAUCAUUAAAGAUAUUAAAAAAAGUAAUGGUAUGUUUUGUAAUUUUUUAAAAAAGCCAGGGGUAUAAUCCUAAGAAGGAUUCUGCUUUAAUAGUAUAGCUAGAUUUCAUUCAGAUUUAUUUUAUUAAAUGUGUUUGAUAUUUUAUUCGGUUUUGAAUAAUUCGGUUUGAUUCGGUACCUUCGGUAAGUAGCACGCCGAUCUCGAGAAUGGAAGAGACGGGUGUUACCGUUUCAUUUCCCGUUUAAUAGAUCAUAAUCAACCACAGCAUCAGGCAUCUGCAAACCACAGCAUCAGGCUAAUAGCUCUUAAGCUACGUAAGCAGGAAACAGCAAGAGUUGUUAUCCUACCACAAGUGAAGAAAUCCUGUCAUAAAGGUAUUAAGUUGUAAAAAACAGAAGUUAAGAGGCUGUAACAUAAAUAACAAAAACCAAGGGGAGUAGAAAGCAAAACUCGUAACUUACACAAAUUAAAGUUGGCGAUUUAUUUUCCUUUUUAUUAGGGCACCGAAAAUAUAAAUUUGCCUGUUCGUUUUCUCGCUAAUAAAGGUUUUCGUAUCAGUUUAUCACACAAGAUUAGAUCCUCCCGUCCUCUGAUUCAUCUAUCUUCAUGAGUCUUUAAACCCUCUCCUGUUUAAUUUACUUAAUCACUACCAAAAAGCUGAUCAAAGAAGAAGAAAGAAAGAAUGGUUGAAACUAGUGAGAAGACUCCUUCUCCAUCUUCUUCCUCUCAUGGGCGUAAAGACUUGGAGUUUUUCAAGGUUUAUCUUCCCGAGUUCAGCUCUCACCAACUGGUAUGUUCCUAUGUUAUCUCUUUUUCUUCUCUAGGACUUAAAUAUUCUUUUUUCUCUUGGAAACUAAUUAAUAUCAAAAUUAACGUGCAGGUGAUACCUCAAGCAUUCAUAAACAUCUUAGAUAAGCCAUUACCUAAAAAAGUGGUAUUAGUAGAUGAGAUCGGACGGUUAUGGGAUGUGGAGACAAAGAUUGGUGUUGUUGUUUUCAGACAAGGUUGGGAAAAAUUUGCAAACGAACAUUCUCUUGAGUUUGGAGACUUUCUUUUGUUUAGAUACAACGGCGAGUCUAGAUUUGACGUCACGAUUUUCGCCAAAGACGGAUGUAAAAAAGACCUAGAUAGAUUUAGGGUUUCUGUUGAGAAAGAACCGGUUCUCGUUAAACCUGUGGGUAUUUCUAUCAAACCGGAACCUUGGGAAGACUGUGGCAAGAGGGUCAUGCAGAAUCGUAAACGCGUUUCGGUUAGAGAGGAGGCUAGUGUUUUUGGUGAGAUUGAACCGGUCCACCAAAGAAAUACUAGGAAAAAGGUUAACCGGUCUAGAGAUCCUCGUGAGAUGUCAUGGGUUCCUGAGAAGAAACACAAAGGAUCUGAAGAACCGGUUUAUAAACCCAAGAAUCCGCAUUUUGUGAGGAAAAUUGCAGUCGGUUCACUUCGUUUACUGGAAAUACCGACAACUUUUCUGAAAGCGAACGGGAUCGAGCUGGAGGAAGGCCAAGACAUCGAGCUUUGUGAUGAAAAUGGAAAGAAAUGGCCACUGAAGAUUGAGAAACACGGUAGAGGAUGCAUAUUCUCAUAUGAUUCGUGGUUGUGUUUCUGUGAAAGCCAUAACUUGAGGAAUCCCAAUAAGUGUUUGUUUGAGUUUAUUGUGUCAAGUAAUGGGACAUGCAGCCAGAUUCUAGUUCGUAUAUUCCGUGGGACGUUGCUUACUACUGCUACCAAAAGUGGUUACCACGUUCUUCCUAUGUAAACUUAAAACUAUACUUACUUCAUUGUGUUGUAUUCGGUUCUUCCAUGACGGCCUAGCUCCCUAGCAGCUAGCGGUUUUGGUUAGAAACGUGUGUCCUAACAUACAAACAUUGAAUACUUGACCUAUAUAUAGAUCUUUAGAGUAUUUGUGGUCUUUGAUCAUUUGGCUGGUGUGUUUUUCAGUAUUCAUGUCUCAUAAGUACAAACACUUAUAUCUACAAAUAAAAAAUCAUUGAAGAAAGGUAAAUUUUUCUCCUAAAUAAAUAAAUACUAUUGUAAAAAACAGUAAAAUAAAAUGUGCCUUGAUGAACUCAAAGUGGUCGAUGUUCGUCUUAUAAACUGGCCAUAUUAGAGUUCUCCCAUUGGUAUUUUAGUUCUUGACUACGAAUAAAUGUUUAAAUUAUAAGACAAUUGGGUUGUUUCCUCAUAUAGUUUGAACUUCGUUUCGGACCUGUCGACUACAUAUUAUACAUUUUAUAAUGUCAUUUGGUAUUAGGAAUUCAAGGUAUGAAGAACGCACUAAACGCGGGGAAAUUGAGUCAUUCAACUAUAUAAAGCUAUGUCACGUAGGAGAGCACAUAGUUUAUUUUCUUUGUUUUAUGAAGAUGAAAAAACCAAAUCAGCCACCGGUUUCCAAAUAAACCAAUGGAACUACGGCCCAAAGUAUAAUGUAUUAGUCCACUUUGUUUUUUUAAUAUAAAACUGAAUGCGAAGUGUCACCAAUCCAUUAUUAUAUGCUCUGUAUAUAAAUACACACGAGUGUUGUUGUUAGUCAUUACACAAUAUCAUCAACAACAACAAAAAAAUCUUUCUCGAGCUUUCUGUUUUCCCUUUUUUGUGAAAUGGAGUUUGAGAUUUCUAAACGAGUCCAAUCGGAGGAAGGAGAAGAGAAUUUAAAAGAGGAACAAGUGUGUAACCAGCUACAACUGAAAUCGUCUGAAACGCAAACGCAGGCGCUGAACAAAAGAGCGGUCCUGAACCGCAUCCGCGACCACAAAUGUAUUCACAAAAUCAAGAGUCUUCUUCUCACCACCGCAGGUAGUAACAAGGGAUCCACCGUCGACGCUGAUAACCGUUGGAUUGAUAGUGGGGAUGUCUUCUCUUGCCCGUGAACUCGGCUUAUACUUUGACGCGUGUAUGUCAACGUGUGUCGUGUUUGUGAUUUUCGCUUGUGUCUUCUUGCUGUCUUUAAUGUAUGAAUCAUCGUUGUAGAUCUCGAUGAAUUAAUGAAUCACCGUUGAUCUC